AUGUCCGAUUGGAAGCCACCAGCCUUUGGAACACCCGUCUGGAUCGGAAUACCAGCCACAGACGUUGCUCGUGCUUCCGCCUUCUACAAAAAGGUGUUCAAUAUCCCCUUCAAAGACCCUAGCUCCGAAUCAAAUGAAUGUCGUCUUUUUGACUUCACCAAAAACGGCGUCAGCAUCACGGGAGGUAUUUUGAAGGCUCCGGAUUCCACUGGUGCCUUUACCGCUGGCAAAGGUGGCGUUGCGCUGUCCUGGUUUGUUGAGAAUCUGGAUGAUUCUGUCAAGGCGAUUGAAGGCGCAGGCGGCAAGGUCCUCACUGGGGAGGAGAAGGAGGGUGACAGUGGCCUUUUGAGAUACUUUGCUGAUAGUGAAGGCAAUAUCGGGUCUAUUUAUAUGAUGGUUCAGUAG